GACGUGAGUCGUCGAUGCGUGUGCGAGUGAGCAGUAGCAGCCAGCAGCCAGAUCGAUCGAUACCAUGGCGAUGUACUCUGACGACGUGCAAGUGGUGGAGAGCAGCCUUGUAUCCCCGAGCCUGGGGACGCCGAGAGGACAGCUUUGGCUCUCGCCCCUCGACCUCCUGCUGGUCAACAGGGGUCACACCCCGACCGUCUACUUCUACCGCCCCGCCGCCGCCGGCGGUGACUUCUUCGACGUGGCACGGCUCAAGGAGUCCAUGGCCAGAGCCCUGGUGGACUUCUACCCGCUCGCCGGGCGCCUCGGCGCCGACGCCGACGGCCGGUUCGUCAUCGACUGCAACGCCGAGGGCGCGCUUCUCGCCGUGGCUCGCUCCGACCUCACGGUCGACGACUUCCGCGACGUCAGCCCGUCGCAGGAGCUGAAGGAGCUGUUCGUUCCCCGCGUCGAGCCGUCGUCCAUCAUGCUCGCCAUACAGGUGACCUUCCUCAAGUGUGGCGGGGUGGCCUUCGGGACGGCGCUGCACCACGCCGCCGGCGACGCCAUCAGCUCGUUCAGUUUCUUCCACGCGUGGUCGGCACUGUGCAGCGGGCGCGACGGCGGCGCCAUGGCGGAAACGGAGCUCCCGUGCCACGACCGUGGGCUCCUCCGCGCGCGGUCGCCGCCCUUCGUCAACCCGGACGCCUUCGCCGUGUUCUGCCCGAAGCUAACCCUGACGACGCAGCCCUCAGGGCCCGUCGCCAGCAAGGUCUUCUCCGUCUCCAAGGACCACGUCGCCGCUCUCAAGCAGGCCUGCGGCGGCGUCAGCACCUUCUGCGUGCUGAGCGCCCACGUGUGGCGGUGCGUGUGCGUCGCGAGGGUCCUGCCGGCGGACGCCACCACCCGCCUCACCCUCCCGGCCAACGUCCGGCGCCGCAUGAAGCCGCCGGUCCCGGACAGCUACUUCGGCAACGCGCUCAUCUGGGUGGGGACGUCCGGCGUGGUGCGCGACGUCACCACGGAGUCGCUGGCCGAUACCGCCGGCCGGAUCAGGGGCGCCGUCCGCCGGAUGGACAACGAGGUGGUGCGGUCGGCCAUCGACUACUUCGAGCACGCGGAGCAGAACGGCAAGCCGAUUCCGGGGAGCCUGCCGGAGACGGAGCUGAGGGUGAUCAGCUGGCUGGGCAUGCCAGUGUACGACGCGGACUACGGGUGGGGGAAGCCGCAGCUGAUGGUGCGCGCCGAGUCGGAGCGCUCGGGGUUCGUGUACCUGAUGAACGACGGCGGCGGCGGCGUGCAGGUGGUGGUGUGUGCGGAGGUGACAAUCCUCAAGGAAUUCGAGAAGCUGCUGUUUGCAAAGACGAUGUGGCCAUGAAAAAAGCCUCCUCCUCCCUCUGAUUGUAUCCCUGUUUGUAAUAUACGUCUUUGAGUGAGGGCGCUGCAGCGCGUUGUAUUCUUGUAACUUUUUCUUCCACCUCACGGACCAACAUGGGCAAAUGAUGUGAUCU